AUGUUUUGGUUGUGUAAAUUAUGUCAAAAGAAACGUCAAUUAAUUGUAAGUUGUGGUAGUUGGUUACAAGGUCUACCUAAAAAUAGAAAUAAAAAACAAACAAAAGAAUUACAAAAACUAAUACAAAAAACCAAUCGAAUUACACGAACAGCGUCUUAUUCUCAAUAUGAAGAUUUAAUUGAUCAAGUUAGUUUAGAUGAAUCAGUUGUGACUAGUGGUGAUCAAGAUGAAGAACAUGAAGGUGAAGCUGAAGGUCAGGAGGAGGAAGAGGAUGAGGAUGAGGAGAUGGUGGUGGAAGACGAGGAAUGGAGGAGACAUUUAAUAACUGAGAAGAAGAAGAAGAAUAAGAAAAAUACAUCAUUUAUCAAACCUCAUGAACAUACAAUAAUGAAAACUAUUCAUCAGCGGAGAGCUUCAGAACAAUUGAAUCUGCAUGAUGUAACUAAAUCAAUACAUGGAUUAUGUUAUCCAACGAAAGGUGAUCAACCUGUAACUACUGAAAUUAAUCAAACAAUAACCGGACAGAAAUGUGUAAACGUUAAAAAUGAUGAUGUUGAUGAUGAUGACAUUGAUAGGAAUAUUAAUCAGAAUAAAAGUCAUAAAAAUUCAACUUAUCAACAACGUUUACAUUUGUAUUUUACCAAACAAAUGAGUCAAAGUUUUAGUGUAGAUGAUGCAGAUGAUGAUGAUGAUGAGGUUGGAUUUGUGAAUGAUGAUGUGAAAAGUGAUCAUCUUCAUGUUCACAAUCAAAACAAUCAAUCUAAUGAAACUAAUCAUUUUAAACAAUCAUUUUCAUCCAACAAUCAACUACCAAUCAUUAGUAAACAUUUAAAUUUACAAGAGAAUUAUGAAGAAUUAAAAAUGAUUGAUGAAAUACCAGAGAUUAAAUCGGCUGUUAUUAUGAUCGAUGAAAAUGCUUCUAAAGUGAAAACGUGCGUUCAACCAACUCAUAGAAAAAUUCCUUUAGAUAAAAAUAAUAAUAAUAAUAAUGAUCAAAAUGUUAUUUCAUUGUCGACAGUUUCACCAACUAGCAUAUUAUCUGACCACCGUACAGAUGAUGUCAAACAAAUUAUACAUGAUAACAAUGCUGAGACUGAUAUGAUCUCUUCAAAAGACUAUCAAAAUACUUUUUAUGAUUUAAACGCUUAUUAUACUAAUCAACAUCCAGACCAUUCCAUUCAAACUAAUCAUAAUGACAUGAAAUCAAGUUACUAUGAAAAUAUUACAGAAUCAAUACAUUUCAAUCCAUUCAAUGAUCAAGAUUAUUUGUUCGAAGAAAAUUCAUCAAAAUGUCAACAAAACACUAAUCAAUUAUCAAUGGACAAUUUAAUCAAAAUGAAAAUGUUGAACACUUGUACACAGUCACAAAUAGAUAGUACUGAUGAAGUAGGUUUAAUUAUACCACAACACAGUGAUGAUGAAACUAGUGAAGAUAUGGAAAAGCAGAUGAAUAAAACUGACAACAAUCAAAUAUUAUCAAUAAUUGAUAAUCAAGUAAAUGAAACAAGACAAUUAUCUCAACAUGAGAAUGAUCCCAAUUUUCGGCAUUCACAAUUCAAUCGACAAACACGUAGACAAUCAUGUCCACUAAUGAUUAACAGUGAACUGCCAUCAUCAUCAUCUACAUCAUCAUCUACAUCAUCACAUCAACCUAUAAGUCAAAAACAAAGUUUAAAAUCACAGUUUAGUUAUUCUGAAAGCGUUGAUACUUGUAAUCGUUAUGAUGAUGAUGAUGAUGACGAGAAAUCUACUCAUUUCUACAAUGAUCAACAUGAUUUUUAUCAACCAAAUGAUUUGUAUCAUCAUGAACUGAAUUCAAAUAGCUUGAAUCUAUUUUUUCCUUAUAAUCUGAAUAAUUCAUGGGAUUAUGCUGAAGAUUUGCGUAAAAUCGAUGAAAAUAUCUAUCAACGUACAACUCUCGCUAAUGUUACUACUCAUGAAAUGAUUAAUAGUAGUAGUAGUAGUAGUAUAUACAAUGAAUCAACUAGUAUCACUUCACCUGAGAAUUAUUAUACAAAUGAAACUUUACAAUCAUCAAUUAAAAAUUAUGCAAAUAAUUUUGAACCUUCAAUGAAUGAUCAUUAUUUAAAUUGGUUAAAUGAGCUAAAUUCAAAUUAUAAUUAUGUUAUAAAUCAAGAAGAGAAUUUACAAAGUACACAAAAUUACAAUAUGAAUCAAUAUGACGACAAUUCCACAACACAAUGUUCAUUCAUAAAUAGCACUAGUUCACAAGAUAGGCCAAUUUCAAGCUUGAUUACAACCAGCGCCGCCAAUAAUGGUGAAUUAAUUGAACAAAAUCUUCUAUUAAAACGUUGUCCUAAUUUUGAAAAUAUCAGUUGUUUAUCUAAUAAUAAUAAUAAUAAUGGUAAUAACAAUGAUAUUGAAAGCAGAAGUCAUUUUAAUGAAGGAUCAAUGCAAUUGUCUGAUGCUGUCAAUGAUGAGAAAGAUGAUCUUGAAAUGAAUAAUAAUGAUACACCAACAAAAGUAUGGGGUCGAGAAUUUCGUGAUCGACUACAGAUAACAACUGAUUCAUCAACAUGUUUACUUGCUGAUUUAUUUGAUGAUAUCAAACCAGAAUUAGAAUUAUGGUCGAAUUUAUUCAAUACAUCAGAAAUUGUUGUUGAUACAGCGAGAGAAAUUUCUACACAAUUAAAUUUACUGAGUACACUAGAAGAGGAAGAAGAAGAAGAAGACAAUGUAAGAAAACAAGAAGAAAGAAAGAUUUUGGGAGAAAAGUUGAAAACCAAAGCAGAAAAUCAAAUUGAUAAUAAUCAACAUGACAAGAAUAGCAAUGAACUGAUCGAUUCAAGAAAUCAAAUAUUAGUAAGAACAAUAUUUGAAAAGGAUAAACAAGAUGAUUUAAAAGACAAUGAAAUAAAUGAAAAUGCUGAAAAACACGAAAUUACUCCAUUAAAUAAUUUCUCUUCAAAACAGUAUACAGCUCAAAUUGAAGAUGACACAAGAUUGUACAAUUUCGAUCGAACAUCUACUAACCUGGAAUCUCAAAUUAACACAGUAGAAAAUAUCAUUUCUCAACCUUAUAAUUAUGAAAAGUCACAUAAAAUUAGUGCAUUAACCAAUGAAAAACCCGAUGAAUUGAAUUUUUUAGAUACUCCAACUUCUACUACUUAUGAAUCAAAUGACAGUAGUAGUCAGAAGAUAGUAGUAACUUACCAGAGUACAAAAUUCAAAUCGAAAGGAAAUCAAUUUCCACAUACAUCAUCAUUGCCUAUUGAUAAUAAACUGGCAGAGAAUAAUUCUGUACAAAGGGAAGAAAAACUUGAGAAUACAACAACAGAAGGAGACUUAUGCUAUUCAGACAGAGUUGAAUUAUGUGAUCACGUGAUGUCAGCAGUAGUGAAUGCCAGUUUAUCAUUGGAUAAUAAUAAUUUUUCUGCCUCUCUUAUUCAAAGCCCAGAUGAUGAUGAUGAUGAUUAUAUGGGUGAGAAGAACAGUGUUAUUCAUAAAACUCUCUAUCCUUAUGAUCAAUGUGAACAACAACUAACAUCCAUUGGCAACAAUCAAACUUACGCAUGCAUUGACCGUGAUAAACAGCAGCAAUACGCAUUGAUUAAUAAUUUUGGAGAGGAAAGCAGUCACUUGAAAUCCACCAAUGAUUAUGAAGAGAGGAAAAGUUCUAGUAGAAAGUCAAAUGAAGUUUUGCCAACUUCUUUUUUAGCAUAUAAUAAUUACAAUGAUGAAUCCUUAAACUAUCCAAUUGAUCAAUCAAAUUCUAACAACUCACAAUCGUCUCUUCAUAAAUUUCAAUAUUUCAAUAAAUUUCAAACUGAAACUUGUAAUGAAAUAAAAUCAAACUAUGAUGAAAGGAAUACACUAAACAGCAAACAGAAUGAAAUUCAAAAAUUUACAGUUUUAAAUAAUCUCGCCUCGCCAAGGUCAUUAGAAAAAUCAUCUUGUAGAACUGACGUGGUUACAUCUGAAUUAGCUCAAAGUUUACUCACUACUUCUUCUUGUAACAGAACUACGUCGAUUUGUAUUGGAAUAAAUCAACCUACAUUCACAACUUCUUCAUCUACAUUAUCAUUCAUAAAACCAUUUUGUUGUUUUAAUGAAAAAGUAUUAAAACGUGCACAAUUAAUUCUUUCCAAUUCACCAAUCACUAGCGAACCUGAUCCAACUGAUACACUUUUAGCACUAACUGAUACUACUACUACUACUAAUAAUAAUAUUAUUAGUAAUUUUGACAGAUCACAUGAAACAAACUUAUGCAAAUCAUCAAUUAAAAAUUAUUUCCUUUCUUUAUCUUGUCCGCAAUCAUUAAGUAGCCAACCGAUAGAGGAUAAUUAUGAUACUUCAUCGGAAUGUAGUGAUUUUUCAAUUCAUGUGCCUAUUUCAAAUUCAAUAGUCAAUGAAAAUGGUUCCAAUGAAUCGAAAUUAUCAUCACUUUUAAAUUUUAAAGAAUUUUAUGCUAAUAGACAUUUAUGGGAACCAGUUCAUUCUCAAUGGUAUAUACAUAUUUUAAAACGUAUAACUGAAGAAACAUUAUUAACUUCAAUACCGGAACAAUCAGUUAAUAACGAGAAUUUUCCUACGGAAUAUAUGUCCUCUUCGUCCAGUUCACGUGGUUCAUAUUUUACACAUCAUAGAAGAAGACCACAUUCUUCUGCUUAUAGUUAUGAAGUGAAUAGUUUAAUAGAUGAUUUUUCUGGAGUUUAUGAAAGUCCGAAUUCAUCAUCAUCGGUAGCUUAUUCUGGACCAUCUUACAAACAUAGAUCUUUACAUGAUGUUUAUCCGGAUAGAUCAAUCAAACCAUUGGAUGACAACUAUCGAACAAAUUCAAAAUUAUCUUCAAAAAGUAGUCUUAAACAUCCUCCCUAUGGUGGGGAUAUUCAAUCGUAUAGAUCAUACUCUGAAGCCGGUACAUCAUAUCAUCAACAUCAUCCUCAAAAAGAGAAAACAAAUUUAGCAUCCAUUAUUCGUUAUGAUCGUCGAAAUAAAUUAGGAUUAAAUCAUCAUCAUUCUGCCGGUCGUUUAAAACACUUCAAAUCAAAUGAUAUUGAAAGUGUUUUACAACAAAGAAUAUUAAAAGAUUCUAAUCGAAAUGCCAAACUAUUCCCAAGUACAGAAUUUGAUAAACAAAGAAAUUCAACGUAUAUAACAACUCCUCGAUUGAAUAAAAAUUAUGAAGAAUAUGAAAGAAAUCAUAGAUUAAAAAGAGGUGUUUUAAGAAGUUAUACACCAACUUAUAAAACAUUUUAUACACCACAAACAAAAUGGUCCAAUGAUAAUAAUAAUAAUUUUUUAGAAGUUGGUUCAUAUUUCUCCUUACCUUUAAAUGAUUAUCGUAGAAAAGGAACAAAACAUUCACGACCUACAAUCAAUAGUCAACAUUAUGGUCCAGAGUUUUCAUUACAUCGAAAAAUUCCAUCUGAUGAAUGGAGUAAAUCAGAUCAUUUAUCUCGAAGAAUUGGUAAUCUAUCAAAAUCAACUGGUCAUUUAAGUCAUUUGGAUGAUUUAAAUAGAAUGUCAGGUUGUACAUCAAUGCAAACUUUACGAGCACGAUUAGCUGCUGCACAUUCAGAAUUUAAUUUAGACAAUCGUGAAAUUGCAACCGAUUCAUUUGAAUCACAAAGAUUGAAUGAUGAUAGAUUUGGUUCACUUGAUCGUAGGAUGGAUUCAAAUGAUUUUACUACACGACAACUAAGGCGACAAAUUGAACAACAUCAUCGUCGACUAUUGAAAAGUUUAAUGAAUGAUGAACCGUAUGAAACUAGUUGGCCAUCAAGUUUUUCAAAUUGUGAUCUUCAAGGAUAUUUAAAUUCAUAUCCAAAUGAUGUUACAGAAAUGCAACCAACCACUCUUAUCUCAUCGACUUUAGCUCCACCAAUAUUCUCGACAGCUUCAACAAGACUUCCGUUAAAUGUUGAAGCAGGUAAAAUCGAUGACAACAUAGUAGUAGGACCUUCAAACUAUUUAUCUACAAAUGAUCAACAAUUCUUGUCUGUACCAAAUAUGUUGACUACAUCGAAUAUGAACUCUACCACUCCAGUUCUGUUAUCGAACCAGUUGCCUUUAACAACAAACAAUGUAGCUGAUAAUAUAAUGAAUAGUAGUACCAUUAUCAAUCAGCCUACAUCAAUUAAUUUAAAUGAACAAAUGCCAAUUUCAAAUAACGCCUUAUUUGAACUUAUUAAUAAUCCUGAAUUUUUACAAGCUCUUUCAUAUAAUCCAACACUUAUUAACCAGUUGAAUUCUAUGUGCACAGAUCUUGAACCGGCUGAUUUAAAUCAAGUAACUUUAGCAGCUGUUGCUGGAGCGAUUGCGGCCACAGCUGUGGCUGGUUCUGGAAUGUUAGAUAAUAGUAAUAAUAAUAAUAAUACUAUUGAUAACAUCAAUAAUAUUAAUACAUGUCAACCGACUAAUCAAUACGUUAUAGAUAGUCUACUUCAGCAUAUCAAUACAUCAGAUCAAAUGAAUACUGGAAAUGUCAUUUCAAACAACAACACUAACACUGACCUGAUCAAUAAUGUUUCAUCAAUCAACUCAAAUUAUUUAAACACGAUGAAUUUACCAAAAAGUCAUCUUCUUAAUGAAGGUAACGAUGGUAAUAUUUCAAGAAUGAAUACCACGCUACCUAAAGAGAAUGGUUGUCUAGAUGCUAUCAAUCCUGAGUCGAUUGAUGUACUGAUUGAACAAGUACGCAAAUUAUUAGCUGAACAAAAUAAUUGUGACUUGAUUAAUCCAACAUCUACAAUAAGUAGUAUGGGUAACAAUAUUAGUAGUAAUAUGCCUUCCACUAAUACUAAUAAUCAACUAAUCUCAUCAUUGCCAUCAUCGUUAAUUCAUCAAACAAAUCCAUCGAUUAUGACUGGACAGAGAGUACAGCCUCCUUUAAAUCGGUAUUGUGAGAAUAAUCAAUAUUCUUCAAGACACCUACAUAAUCAACCAGUGAUCAAUCAACAACAACAACAACAACAACAACAAUCACACAUUAAAACACCAAGUGAAACUGUUGAUAAUUGGCUUGGAUUAAGUGAAGAUGAAUGGAAUUAUAAGAAUUAUAAAGAUAAUGCGAAAAAUUCUAAUUCUUGGACAGACGGUAAUACUACAUGGCCUAUAUUCAAUCCAUUAAUCAGUAAUAAGCCUAGAUCAUUAGUUCAACCGACAAAAUGUAUAUAUGAUUUUCCAACAAAACGUCUUUUAUUAAUGCGUGAAUCGAAAGAUCGACAUCAAAGAGGAGGCGGAAUUGGUAUGCGCAUCGUUGGUGGACAUAUUCGAUCCGAUGGGAAUUUAGGAGCAUUUGUUGAAGAAAUCUACCCAUCUGGCCCAGCUGAUCAACUUCAUGGCGAGAUAAAAGAAGGUAAUUUAUAUGAAAGUAAAAUUAUUUACUAUUGAUUUAUUGCCAUUGUAAAGUUCUGAUGAAUAAGUUGUUGUGUGCGUAAAUGAAUACUUAUUGAUAA